GUCACGUGAGAGAGAUUAGAGAAAUAAACAGCAACAAAUAGCUGUAGAUAUGGCGAUGAUGAUGUGUAUCCUUCCACUUUUCAAUCGCAGCCCUCUGUUGUGCGCUACAAAUUUAUUGGGAUACGGUCUACAAGAAGUACGAAACUAUGUCGGCUGCAGGGUAUUGCGCGACCAAAAACGUAGAAGAUGGGCUAAAGAGUAUGCAGAGGAAAGAUUGCGAUUGGUUGCCUUGAAGCGUAACGAUAUUUUGCCAAUCGAGAUAAAAGAACUCGCUGGCAAACAAAUAGAUGAAACAAUUCCUAGACAGACCGCUUUGAGACAAUUGACACCGAGAUGUAUUGUGACAUCUCGAGGCCGAGGUACAAUACAACGAUGGAGAAUAUCACGAUUCAUUUUUCGUCAUCUAGUCGAUUAUAAUAAAAUGGCUGGAGUGCAACGUGCCAUGUGGUAGAACAAUACACUUGGGCUAUAUAUAUAUAUAUAUAUAUCACUUGUAUAUUGUGUAUAAAUGAAUAUUAAUGCAGAGUAAAUGAUACAC